AUGUUUUCCUUGAUGACUUCAAUAUAUUUUCGAGUUAGGAUAACAUCUCUUGCAUCCAAUGCUUUUCUGGAUGUACCAGAAAUUAUAGCGGAAAGUUUUGGACGUCAUGGUCAAGUUGGGCCUAAGAGAAAUGCUCAAGUACCUCUGGAAUAUAACGAAGACUGGUUGAAGCAGAUGAUGCAAGUAAUGCAAGAACAAAAAGCUGAUAUUGCUAAUUUGAUAAAUUGCUCGAUUCGACCUCCCCCUCCACCGAAGCCUGAAGCCCCAAAUUGGUUCUUCUUUGACAUUUUCAAACUCAAGCCUCUGUCUUUUGCUGGAGGGCACAUUUCGUGGGAAGCCCAAUCUUGGCUAAGAGAAUUAAAUAAGAUUUUUAAAAUUGUGCAGUGCACGGAUGAACAAAAGGUAAAUUUUCUUGCGUUUAUGCUUAAGGGAGCAGCAGAUUAUUGA